AUAUAUCUUAGUGGAAGUACAUGCCGAACUAAUUUACGCCAAAUUCUUGGGAAUGAGUGCUAUAUUGUGUGCAUUGGAGGCACAGAAUAUUUACGCUCUCAUUAAAAUAGCAUAUCGUUUGCGAUUAUGUGUCAGUGCUUUCAAAGAAUGUAAAACAAUUCUGAGGACCCGAACCGUUUGGGAAUCGGAAACUUCUCGUCAACACAUAGAGGCCGGCGUACGACUGGCCAGUGGUUUACAACAUCUGUUAAUCAGUCACAUUCCACCAAAGCUGCUAAAAAUUGUCAAUUUUCUGGGUUAUAAAGGAGUGGAAAGCCGUGCCUUUCAAGAGUUAAGCCGAACAGCAUUUGAAUUGCCCGGGAUCAGUAGCAGGAUCGCUCAGAUUGUGCUCCUAUUCUACUGGAUUGCUGGACAACCCCAUGGAUGUCUCGGUCCUAAAGAGCAAUCUCUAGCCUUUAGCGAACAAAUUAUUGAUAAAGAAUUGAAAAGAUUCCCAAAAAGUUUACUGUAUAGGUUAGCAAAGGCUAAGUUGGAACAAAUCAGUGGUCGCAUCGAUUCGGCCAUUCAUUUGUUCAAAGAUUGUUUGGUUAAUAAUACUCUGGAAAUCAGUCACAAGAUCUUUCACAUGGAACUGGCCUUAUGUUAUGCACUCAAAUGCCAAUGGAGUGAAGCCAUUGAAAUGGCAGAACUGGUUCGCCAACAGUCUGUCCACUCGCCGGCAAUCAUCACAUAUAUUGUGGCCGUCUUUAGGUAUGCAAAGAGUGUAGACGACAGCGACCCCCGUAUGAAACAAACGGCCGCAGAAUUAUUUAAAGAAUCACGAAUUGAACGCGACUUCUCAAUACCUCCGCAAACAGUACUGGAGUUGGGAUUAAUAGAGUUGGAGCUCAAGAACUCGGAUGAGGCCAAGAGAUGGCUCAACAAAGUCAUCAAAGAUUACUCGACAUAUCUUCGCGAGAAUUUCGUUCACUUGAGAGUCUAUGCGGCGCUCAGAGAGCUCGGGAUCAGCACUGAUAAGGAGAACGAGGAUCAGUUGAAAAUGAAAGAAUAUGGAAAACAAUGGCUCCAAGACUUGGAAGUGGAAGAAAAUAGUUAUGAAAACAUUGUCAGAAACGAUAGAUUAAAACUUGAACUUCACUCAGAUUAACAAUAAUUUAAUUAUAGCAAUAAUUUCUAUUUACAAUGUUUGAAAUUAAAUUAUAUGAUCCUAAAUACCAUAUUCUUUCAGGGCAAGUUUGCAAUUUUCAUUGAUACCGGUAAUUUCAAUAAACUGUAAAAAUAAAACUAUGAAAUGAUUAAUUGAUAAACUACAGUAUAUUGUAAUAAAUUUUCAUUUAUUAAA